AUGUUACCGGACUCGGAUGUUUUUAAAAAUGAGUUGAAAUCGCUCAAAUCCAACUCGAGUUUAGGAGAAAAUAAAGAUGCCGAUGAUAAUGAUCAUGUUGAAAAAGGCUUAGUUCAAGGUCCUCGGCAAGCCGAUGUGUAUCAACAACUAGACGAAGAGGAUGAGCCUAGUGAAGUAGAAGCACCAAUUCCACUUGAAGAUCAACAAGAGUUAGAAAGCCAAAUCCCAAAUAUGCGAAUGCCGUUAUAG